GGCAGGAAUGGCGGGUGCCCGCUCGUGCUUUCUCCGCAACACUGGAGCUCCCUCACUGCUCAGCGGGGGUCAAGACGUUCAACAUUGAUCCACGUCACCAACCAUUCGCACACCACCAGCUUCGCUCCUGCAGGCCCUUUCCCGACCCAUCUGGCCGUCUGCCUGGCGAUACGCUAUCCUGCAUAGCUUGUGACUUCUUGUGUUAGAGUCUCCCAAUCUGGACAAACCAUGAACCUCUACGUCUCGUGCCUCUUGACUGGCCUCUACUACCUCGUAUACCCCAUCUACUUUGUACUUGCCUUCCUUGCGUUAACCCUCAAAGCGCUCCUCUCACCCAUCACGAGCGCUUUGCUCUUCUUACUGCAGCCACUGCUUCUCUUUGGUCGAUUGCUAGCCUACUGCACAAUUGCUCCGUUCCGCUUCUUGCAGAGAUUCGAGGUCAUCUACCCCAUCCCAUGGCUUAUUCGCUGCCCCGCAUCCUACGCUAUUAAUAUGCUAACCAUCGCCAAGACAAUCUACAUCUAUCUGGGUGUCGCCUCUAUCACCGGCAUCUCCUGUGGCUUGCUUCUGCACUUUGUCUACUCUUUUCUGUAUUCGAAUCUACACCUCGCUCCCGAACCCGUCGCUCGGGGUCCUACUUCGAAGCAGUAUCGUGCCUCGAGAAGACGCAAAGACAUGUAUCAGUCAGAUGCUCUGCUCUCUCCUACCUUGUCCAUGACCAGCGUGCUCGAUACACCCGGUGCCGGCAGAUACGGUCUACUGGCUCAAACUAUUCACGAAGAGGACUCUGAUUUCUGAGACUUGUUCCGCCGAGCUUCAUCUGCUCAUUCCUACCUUCCAUAACAAUCAUGCAAUCGUAAGUC